CCGUCAUCGCGUCCGAAGUUAGGGGCGUGACGUAGGAGUUCCGCUGCACUUUGGGAAAACAACAUGGCGACUUCCAUGAGAAGCGAGUGACCUGUGAACCAGACGGAGGCGGUAGCUGCGGGUUGUUUGCUCUCAGGACGGGUCCUGUGACUGAUCGUCUGUAUUCUUCGUAGGCGUAGAAGAAGAUGUGGGCUGUGAUGCGGCUGCUCGGGGGGAACGCCCCCCUGGCGUCUCAGGCGUCCCGUUCGUUUUCUCUUGGGAGCGCCAGUCUCUCCCGGGGUUGUCUGCCGCAGCCAAAGAAUACAGAUCGCUGGAACCAAAAGAGAGCACAGUUCGGGGUCUAUGAUAACAUCGGGAUUUUGGGUGACUUUAAAGCGCACCCCAAGCAUUUGAUCGUCGGCCCCUCGUGGAUUAGAGGCUUUCAGGGGAACGAGCUGCAGAGGUGCAUUAGGAAGAAGAUGGCGAUCGGAAGUCGUAUGUUUUAUGAUGAAAGACAUAAACUGAACAAAAGGAUCAGUUACCUGUACAGGAGGUUCAACCGCUACGGAAAACAGCGCUGAUGCCGCCUCGCCUACUGCGCCCCAAAUAAAUUAUUCUUAUUUCUUCAGAA